AUGGGAAAUGGUGAAAGUAUUGUGGUAUGUAAUAAGAAUCAGUUGGAUUUAGUACAACGAAUUAUUCAACAAAAGGCAAUUUUUGCUCGUAGAUGUGAAAUUCGAAGACGACGAAUUAAACUAAUUAUUGAGGCGAUAUGCAGUGGUCUCUGUAGAGAUGAAAAUGAUCUGGAAAAUUUGCUCUCAUUAUUGUUUUUCGAAGGAAAAUUAACGAUAAAAGAUGAGCUUAAUUUUCUCAUUGAAAGAAAAUUGAUUUGUCAUCAAAAAGGACUACGUGGGACUCAGUUAGGCCGAGCUGUAUUCACAUCAUCAUUAUCACCGGAUAUUGCAUUACAAGUUUAUGACGAUCUUGAAAAGGCCAUGCGUUCUUUAGCUUUGGAUACUGAGCUUCAUUUACUUUAUUUGGUGACACCACUGCAUAAUGAUUCCAUCUGGAUGAAUUACAUUGAUUGGAGUGUUUAUUACAACAUUUGGUCUAAAUUGCCUAUCAAUUUACAAAGAGUGGGUAAAAUGAUUGGUAUUCGUGACAGUUUCAUUCUUGGAAAAAUUCAAGGCAGACGAGCUACCGAAGCAGGCAAUAUGCAGGUGCAUUUACGUUUUCUUUCUGCAUUGGCACUUUUUGAUUUAAUAAGAGAGUGUCCACUCGGUGAUGUUGCUCGACGUUUUCAUAUCAAUCGUGGAGCUUUACAAACUUUACAACAACAAUCAGCAACAUAUGCCUAUAUGGUUGUGACAUUUUGCGAAAAACUUGGCUGGAUUUAUUUACGAAGUGUAUUAGAUGGAUUUUCCGAACGGUUAACAUUUGGUGUCCGUAAGGAUUUGACGGAAUUGGUUCAAAUUGAAGGAAUUGACGGGAGAAGAGCUCGAGCUUUCCACAAUGCUAACGUGACAACAGUUCCUGCAUUAGCUACUACUUCAAUUGACGAUAUUGCGAAAAUUUUACGAUCUGUGGUUCCCUAUGUUAGGCGUGAUAACAAUGAAGGAUUGAAUCGUUGGCUUGCUGGAGAAGGUUUAAUGACAGAUGUUGAAGCGGCUCAAAUAUUAAUUCAACGUUCCCGUCUAUAUCUUCACUCUUCUAUCAGGGCUUUCGGCAUAUUCUCGGAUACCAAGAUUAAUUCAUUAUUUUCUGCGGUGACAUCAGUUUGUGAAACUAAUCGUGAUAGCUUGGGUGUCAUAAGUGAUAAAUGCGAUAAUAGUAUGGAUCCUGAUUCUCUGCUUUCAGAUAUUGAACUUACUUCACGUGAUUUCUUUAUGCAUGAAAAUUUUCCAGUCACAAAUACUUCUAAAAAUUCGAAAGAACAGAGUAUAACAAGCACUCAAAGUUUAACCCAACCAUCAGAAAUAAUUGAAAAACGACCACCAAAAAUGAAAUUACCAGAAAAUGAUAAGUUGGAGGAGAAAAUACCUGAUCAUCCAGCAACUAAUCAAGAGAAUCCGGUUAUUCCGGAUAGGUUAGACGUGGACAAUGUUGAACAGCUAUGCAUGAAUUUUGCCAAUACUUCGAUGUCGGAUGAAACAUUGUUACAUUUUGGCUGUAGUCAGUAUUCCCGUAAAAUUGAUCAAAUUACUCAAGCAUUAAAUGCUAUUACUGUUCUAGCUAAGAACGAGAAAUCUGGUGAAAUUAAAUCAGAAAAGCACCAAGAUGAAUUUAGUAAUUUAAAAAUAUUUGAAUCGUUGGAUAUUUUUAAUUCGAAUUCUAACACAAAUGAAAUUCAAAUGAUUGCAACAACGACAGCAACAUCAACAGCUAUUCUUGGAAUGCAAAAUGAUAAUGUAGAGAAUGAUGAUGAGAAGAGUUCUAAAUUGAUGAAAUCGUUGAUAAAUCAAUUAAACGAACCGUUAUUAGCAACUGAAUGUGUUAUGUCACAACAAACAAUUUUUGAAAGGAUUGAAGAAGAAAAAGAAAUUGUUGUAAAUUCGGAUGAAAGUAUUGGAGAUCGAUCGAUUUUUGAUCGUAGUAAAGAUUUGUUUGAUCGAACAUUUUGUUCAUCGAUUAGUUCGCAAUCAUUUAAUACACCACAGAAUUCAUCAUAUUGCUUAAAACGUAUUGGUCGACGAUCUUCAAUUAAUCAAUCGCCAAGAUCACCGAGUUUCCAAAGUCCCUUGCAUAAAAUGUUGAAAUUUGGAUCAUCUUUUACGAAAUCAAUGGAAAAAGAAAUUAAAUCUAAUGAAAGUAUUAAAAACGGUACUGAACACAUCGACAGUAAUCAAACAAGAAUUACCGAAUUUCAAAUUAUAGAUGUUUGCGGAUCCCGUACAACAUGGGAGCAAUUAUUGAUAAGGAGAAAGUAUUGGAGUCAGAUUGGUUUGGGUGUUGCUAUGUGCAACAAAGAUAUAAUUGGGAUAGCUUUAUGCGCAUUAAAUGAAGAAUGUAUUUAUAUUGAUUUCAGGCCAAAAGGUAUUUCUGAAAUUGAAAUCGAUGAACGACUAGAAGCGUUGGAUAAUAUACUAAAAUCUAAACAGCAAAAAUACAUUUAUGAUUUGCUGUCAUUUUCACGUUCGUUACGAUAUCUGCGAGGUGCAAACUGCCCAGUUUUGCUAUUUAAUCACUGUAUUUGUGUACAAACACUUUCAUACUUAGCCCAUUAUCGUACAGUAAAUGAUUCCGCACUUCUAUUCCAGGAUUUACUUUCACACCUUAUUUCUCCGGAACGUGUGGUAAUUUUAAGAAGUGCUACACCACGAUUACGUGCAGCAAUUAGCGCAUUUAUAUGCUUGCAUAUGCAUGACGAUUUCAUGUCUGCUGCUAUACGAUUAUCCUCGGCUAAAUCUGUGGAAUUGGAAUUGCAAUCAGUUGUUUUGUUCAGUGAAAUAGAAGCUACAGGUAUACCUUUCGAUGCAAAUGAAGCUGAAAUUUUGAAUUCUAAGAUCAAGCGAAAAUUAACGGAAAUUGAAACAAAAGCUUUUGAUAUUGCGGGAAUUCCAUUUAAUUUUAGCUCAGCAGCGGAAAUUUCUCAGAUUCUUUUUGUACGCCUGCAAAUUCCGCCACCAAAUAUAUCUACUGCUCGACAUUAUUCGACGAACAAAAUUGUUUUGCAGCAAUUAGCUCCAAAGCAUUCUAUUAUAAAUUUAAUUUUGGAGUGGAGACGAAUGAAUACCGCUUUAACGACAUCCUUGCCAGCACUUCUAAAAUCAUGUUGUCCUGAUGGACGGAUUCGUUCUAAUUUUGUAAUACAUUGCUGCACUGGUCGCGUUCUAACAGUACAUCCAAAUGUGCAAAAUGUGCAAAAAGAUGUAAUCAUAGAUGGUUUUUCCAUUCGAUCGCUGUUCAUCGCUCCAAAAGGUAGGAUUUUGCUGUCGUCUGAUUAUCGACAGUUGGAAAUGCGAAUGUUGGCACAUCUGUCAGCUGAUCCUCAGCUCAUAUCCCUGUUUUUAGCUCAGGGUGAUUUUUUCGAAAUUAUCACGAAUAGGUGGAAUACCAACGAAAUGUCGCAUAUUAAAGUAGAUCGGAACAAAAUAAAACAGCUUUGUUAUGGUAUUAUCUAUGGUAUGGGUGCUAUGUCAUUGAGUAAGGAAUUGGGUAUUCAAAAACAACAUGCACAACAAAUGAUCAUUUCUUUUUUUCAACAGUUUCCAAAAGUACGAACAUGGAUGGAUAAAAUAAUAGCAGUAUGCCGGAUUGACGGAUUCGUGAGUACCCUUUUAGGUCGUCGACGAUUUUUGCCUCAAAUAACCGGUAUGAUACAAGCAGAAUCAGCUCAAGCUGAACGACAAGCUAUCAAUACUUGUAUACAAGCAAGUGGUUCUGCGGCCGAACUGUUCAAGAUGACGCUGUUAAAUUUGCAGAAGAAUUUAUUAGGUACAAAUUCAUUUAUCGUUAUGCAAAUGCAUGAUGAAGUGCUGAUAGAAACAGAUGAAAGUUCGCUAGUUUCAACUGCUAAAAUUAUCAAACAUUCUAUGAUAUCAGUUAUCCCAAAUUUGCGAGUUCCACUGGCAGUUAGGAUUUCAUACGGUAAAAGUUGGGGGAAACUUCAGGAAUAUGUUGAGACCUGA